CUUACUUGAACGUUAAAAGUCGUGUCUUCGGCAGCUUUAUAUGCACAUAUAGAUAAAUAAAACUAGAGAAUAUGUAUAAGCAAUCUUGUCAAUCAACGAGAAAAAAAAUAAAACAAUUAGUGAACUGAAUCUUUUUCUCUCUCUGCAGGUCUACGGAGAUCUGGAGAGAGAGAAAGUGAGGUGUUUGCUUCUCAACUACGCCAUCGACCCAGCCAACAGAGACUCACUCGUCUCUUUUAAGCAAAGUAGAUCUCCAUAAAUGCUCUCAAUUAAAUAAUUGUCAUUUUGCAUGCGCGAUCUUCGUUCCCUAAUAAAUUCAAGGAAAUAUAGCAAACUUGCGAAAAAUCAGCAAUGAAGGAAUAUGUGUGUACUCUUACUCGGGUUGCGAAUAUCGAUUGAAUUGAUGAACAGAUGGACAACUUUCUCCAAAACCAGUUGCAAUCUUGCUCCGCUUCCCCAGUUUUCCCAACUCUUGUAUUUUACGCAGUUAUACUAUCAACUAUUUAUUUAACCCUGGCCAACUUUUCCGUAAAUUGUUUCACAUUCGAGACAACGGUGAAAGGAUUCUUCACUCUUUAACAGAUCGUGAAUAACCAUGCUUAAAAUGAGGUAUUAUGGUCAUCAUGGUACCGGAGGCCCUAGGCCAGCCAGCCAAAUUAUAACGGAAGUACCUGCAUCAAAUCGUCCCAAAGUGGAAAUCACUUUGGACGGUGCAAUAUGGCCGAUGCACAGCAAGAUCUCUGGUUGGAUUGAAUUGAAGAGAAAUGAGACGUAUUGCGGCUUGAUAGUUGAAAUGUUGGGCUAUUACGUGCAUGCCAACACCUCAUAUCCUAUCCUGCCAACAAGCAGUGGAUGCAAAAUGUGGCAACGAUUCUCCGGUUCCGGAGUGAAAGGUGACACCAUGACGUCUCGAGCGUCCUCGAAAUUUCCCUUCGAGCUAGUUCUACCACGAAAUGGUGUCCUGCCAGGAACUUUCAGAACAAAAUCUGGACAACAAGUGUACUACAUUCUUCGCGUUUCUGCCGAAAGAGGACCAAUCGUUAAUUCCCAGUUGGGAAGGAAGGCAAUUACUUAUGGUGGAAACUUUCACCUGAGGAACAUUGAACCAUCCGUGGUCAGAAAGGAAAUAUCGUUACCUGAGCUAAAAUUGGUUUUGGAGAUUCCAAAACGUCAAUAUCUUGUCUAUGAAUGCAUUCCCUUCGUCGUGAAUUACGAAGGAGAAAGUAGCUCCGUGAAGCGUAUUAAAGUAUCGUUGAUAAGAAGCAUCUCACACAAUGGUCAAGAAUCGGACCAAGCGAGUGUCAAGGAAUCAACUGAAUCAGAGACCAUGGAUUGCAUCACUUUUCGAAGGUUCCUUAAAAGAGAAAGGUUCUCUCGAAGUGGAAGCCUGUCUGUGGAUAAGGAUGCCCUCCCGAGCCCAACAUUCAUGUCGAGAGAGAAUAAGAACUUGAGGAUUCGUUAUGCUGUCAAGAUUAAAGUAACUAUAAACGGACAGAGUGAAGAAAUCAGGCAAAUCGAGGUGGUUUUUGGAACAGAGAUGCUGAACCCCACGGAUGAUGGGGACACACCACCGUCACCCCCUCCCCCAUUGGAUUUGGAUUUUCCGUCACGUUUUCCACCAUCAUAUUCUCAACUGCCGUCCAAGGUUGGGUCUGUGGUAUCAUUGGAGACAUUGCCGCCACACUACGAAGACUUGUACUAAAUUGUUGGACUUGGGCCAUAAAUAGAUAUAUAUUUACUUAUCUGUGUGUAAUAAUUUAAUAUAUUCACAUAUUAAACAAAGUUUCAUGUAAAUUCA